GGGGGGAGUAAGCAUAUAAAAGUUUUGGAAAGGAAAAAGAGUUGGGGAGAGUGAAGGCAGAGUAACUACAGUCUACAUUAAUGGCAAAGGUAGGAGGAGAUUCAUGGAACAAGAGGAGGAAGCUGUCUCAGGGGUCCUCCUGUUCUUCUGCUCCUCGUCUCUGUGAGGGUACGAGACAUCCGUCAUGUUUUCAGACAGUCGGGCUUCGGGCUUCAAGUCCCACGCUGCUGCUCACUUCAUCCCAUGGCUGCGCAACAGUCUGAAACUGCACCACAGCGAUGACCUGGGGAUCAGCAGACCCUUCAAAUCCAGCUCAGAGGCUCGCAACCACCUGAGUCCACGAGAGACCGCAAAAGGAAUUGGGUUUUUCUCCAAGGAGCGGACUGAGGGAAAGGAACGACUAAGGAGGAGGGAGCAUCGGUGUAAUGGAGUGAGCGUUGUUAGGAGACUACCGGUUGUGCUGAAGGGGCACAACAUACUGCCAGGGAGGCCGGGGAAGCUAAAGGAAAAGAGUAAGUCCCUGGAACCUGAUCCAGACCCUGAUACAUUAGAGGGGCCACAAGGUCAGGAGAACAGCUCUGCCCCUGUCCAGGACAACCACUCUGAAGGCUCGCUUGUUAGAAACCACAGCAGAUACCUCAACCGUCAUCACUCGCAGAAUGACGAGGGCUCAGUCAGGAAAUGUAGGCCACUCGCGGGACCACCUCCUGGUCCUGCACUGCCUGGCCGGGAACAACACAGUGAGGUGCCUGUUGUGGUGUGCACAGAGGACAGAAGAGGGAAGGUGUGGGACUACGCUAGACACACCUACAGCCAGAGAGACCUCCAUUCAUCCAGCUGGCUGAGCUCGGACACACACAGGCAGCUCAGUGACAUCAAGCUUCAGAGCAGAAGCUCUCAGAGUCAGAGAGACCUGAUGGCUGUGACAGAGCCGUGUGAAGAUGGGUUUAACAGCCCCAGCAUCUUCAAUGGAGUCAUCUUUUCCACAGAGAUUCCUCAAAGGGGUCCAGGAUGUGCAGGAUCUCUGCGGGGCCCCAGGAAGGCCAGAACCAGCCCAGAGUCUACCUCCUUUCUGGUUCAAAACCAAAGGACAGAGGGAGGCUGCAGCAGAAAGGCUGUACAGAAUCAGAUCAAACGUGUGGUGGACAACCUCGAGCAGGUGUUAGGGGCCCUGAGGGACGUCCACCAGGAAAUGAAAGAGGUGGUACAGCAGAUUGACUAUCUGACCUCAUCCAUUGACUUGAAUGAGGAGCAGGAGGGAUUUGGAGGAGACACCGUCGCCAAGGCUCCACUUGUCAGCACCUCCAGUUCAGUUUCCUGCUCCAGUGAGGUCACAGUAGGCAACAACCAUCAGAGGUCCUCAAUGCCUGAAAAACUACUUGACUCAUUUGGUAGCCUCGAUAGAAGCAAGAGCUUUCUGAGGCAAUCCCCACCAAAUGUGCUACUGUGCCCGAUAACCGCUGGAAUAGACAGAAUUAGAACCCUUCGGUUUAGCUGCAGCAUUGGGUGUUCUCCAAGACCAGGUGGGUCCCUGCUGUGCCUCGAUAAUGUUGCUUCAGCAGAAUCGGCGGUGAACAUAGGUGGUGUCACUCAACAUCAAAGCCUCAUCUCCAAGGAUCUUCUUUUGUCUCCUCAGAGAAGCAGCUGCCAGCCUGGUCGGCCUCCAACACCUGGACUUUCCCCUCGAACUGUAAAUGUGCACCAACCUCCCUCCCCUCCACUUCAGAGGCACCACCAACCCCUUGUGUUCAGCCCUUCGGUCACCAUAGAGACCAAAAUCAGGUCUUAUCAGACCACACAAGGUGACAAGUCAUCUGCCCAACCUGUCUCUCCGUUACUGAUCCGGCCUCUGUCAGACAGCCGUGCACCCACUGUCUCAGAAAUUCAAGCUGGUAGAGGGAGGCAGGCAUCCUCAGCGGGGCCUGCUCAUGGACCACGAACGCGUGAGUGCGCCUCCCCCGCCAAUAUGCCUAAACAACUGGCAACACAAGGCCGCAGAGGGCGCAAGCCUCCUCCGUACCCACACCACCGACUGUCUGAACACACAAAAGAAGUGGAACGGCCCUGCAAAGCUCCACCGUACCCCGAAAAAAGAAGGCUGCUGUCAACCAUAGUGUGAGACAAUGCAGCAGGAGGAGGCGGCUGAUUGAACACAAUCAUAGCGCCAGCCACGAGCCUGUAAAGAGUGAUUGAAGGCUCGCCAGUUUGAGCUGAGACCAAGUUUCCAGGGUGAAGACACAGAGGAAUCUUGGGAGGCGGCAUCUGGUUGUGGUAUUUCCUGUUGUUGAUGACAAAGGGGCACACACAUCCCUACUGAGCAAUUUCUCAGCCCAGAGGAUCUGAGCGCAGACAAAACACGGUAACUACUUUGCCAGAAACCCGAACAUGGAAUCAAAACAAAAACGUCAAAUCUGGAAUGAAUUCCCAGCGUGAGGAAGACAGCGGGGUGCAGCUCUGAAACCUGUCAAAACUCCUACAUCAUCCUUAUGUGUGGCACUGAGGGACGAAAACAAGGGCUUCAAAAUGGCUCAGGAAAUAAUGAUGCAUGUGAACAAUAUUUGGCAAUAUAUCUGGUUACUUAUCAAACCAGACAACUGGAUAUUCACUGA